AUGUCGAGCUUCUUUGCCUUCGCAACAAUCCCCUUCCAUACGAGACGUCUUCCUGAUAACGAACACAUCGGAAGGGUUGCGCGCCUCCUUCAGCCCGACUUAGAUACGCUAAAGUUGGUAUGGCAGACGUAUGAAUACCCACUCCUCGUGGAGCUCAUUGACGGUCCUAUCGGAACACUGCCAUUACCCCGUACCAACGAAGCAUUUAGGAGGGUGAAGGAUGUGUUCCUAGGGCACAAACUGGAAGCGAAUAAAGACUUUGUGCCCAUAGAUGUCACAGUUGGCGAAAAAGUCUGCUUCAGCGCCAAAACGCCGAGCCACGCUCGCGAGGUGCAGAGGUACUGGGAGGCCAAGUACAAAGACAAUGCUCACGAGAGAUGGAAAGAUCUGGGACCGCGGAGGGAAUGCGAUGAUAAACAGAGUGGCCAGAAUGCCAAAUUGUCACCCGCACUUCACGAUAACGAGCCGGAGAUUGAGUUUUUGCGGACCCGUGAUCCCGCAGUGGACGAGGAAGCUCGUGCAGCGCUCACCUCUUUGUGGAAGGAAGUUGCGAACACCCUUGAAAACCAUAACCAGAAGUGCUUGCCAGCUUUUCGGUUUUUUGGUCGCGAUCAGUCACUCCUCAACUGGCAAGCUGAACAGGACGCCAAAGCUGCCACUAAACAAUCUGAGCCCGCCGCUAAGCGUUAUCGCUAUGAGGACGGUCCCGAUGAAGAGUAG